AUGGAGAUUUUGUCAGCAGCAACUGCGUAUCGAUGUAUUUGGAUCCAUAUCGAUGCAAAUUUUAGCUGGAACGAUGGACGUGCGCUGGUUGCAUUGGUGGGCAAAUUUCGCCCUGAUUUGAUUGAUUACAUUUCACUCUGUGCUGCUGAUGAUCCAGCUGCGGCGGUCAAGGCAGUUUUUACAGCUAUUCGAACCGAAUAUCUGAUAGAACCACCCUGUGGUGAGGAACUCACGGACUGGGUGCACACCGAUGAAGAAACUCGUGUUGCGUAUAUCAGUGCUGUUGUGGAAGCACUAAAAGAUAAUCCACAACGAAUGCGCGAAAUGCUUGUGAGCGAUAUUCGAAGGAGUACAGCAUCGCAUAAACGAAAAGCGAAUCGUCAGAUACGUAUGAAUUUAUCAGAGUUGAAUGAUGAGGGCGAUUUAGCGCAGGAACUGAAGUCUUGCCGGCGCUUGGACAAAACGAUAUAUGCUCAAACAUCUGCUGUAGAACCAACGAAAUAUUGGACAAAACGACCAGCCGUUGACAGAUUAAAUCCGGAACGACUGUGUGCUGUAAGAUAUUCUUUGUUCUGCCUGUUGGCCUUACUUUCUUAG